AUGCUAGCACGUCGCGAAACGACGGCUCUAGUGAUUCUGAAUGAAAAUUCCGCUAGUAAUCGGUCAUCAGUAGUAGCGGACACCGAAGCACUUCGUUCAAAUGGCAUUGUAUCCACCGCAGCUUGCCACAGCGCAUUCAUCGAAAUACCAAGGCGGUAUGCAUCAUUUGCUAAUUGGCCCAGCGAACAGCUACCUGCUGUCGAUGAUCUUGUCCGAGCAGGAUUCUUCUAUACUGGUAAAAAUACAAUUGUAACGUGUUUCUAUUGUAAUGGAUCGCUUCAAAAUUGGGGUUCUAAUGAUAAUCCAAUGAUUGAGCAUGCAAGAUGGUUUCCUCAUUGUGCCUAUGCCAAGCAACUUUGUGGCGAUGAUCUUUAUCGAAAAAUAGAGGAAUCAAAACGAUUGGCUCAAGAACGUACCAGAACAAAUGAGUCUGCGAACUAUGGAAAUUCAAAUACGCAAAAGCUGCAAAUAGCCGAUGAGAGCACAUUGUCACGCUAUGUUGCUGCUCGUUUGGACUUGCCAGUGUCGCAAAGACUGCUGGAUAAACCGUUUAAAUUGUCGAUCAUCAAACGAUGUUGGGAAGAUCAACUUCGAUUAAAACAAGAUGACUUCGAAACAGAUUCGGAUCUACUGAUAGCUUGUAUCAUUCUUCAGAAACAAAUCGAUUGUAUUAAUGGUAAAAAAGAGAAUAUCAUUGUGCCCAGUGUGAGAAUGCAACAAAUUAGUGAGCAGGAACAAGCAGAAACGCGUACUAGAUUAUCUUCAUCGGUUCCUACUUCUACAACGCAAGAACAUACCGCUAGAUCGGCUGCUUCAAAUGUCGAAAGGAUACAUCCAUCGAAUACGUGCAAUAGCGAACUGGACUCAAGGAUACCGGUGAAACCAACUGCUACAGAAACAAAAGCAGCGAGUGUAGCUCCUAAAAUCACAUCUCCAGAGCCGAUGGAAACUAGUGCUACCACUUUGACGAAUCCUUGUGCUUUGUGCAUGAGCGAAGAAAAACGUAUCGCAUGCAUUCCAUGCGGACAUUUCGCCACAUGUGUUUCGUGUGGCCACUCACUACGGUCAUGUCCAAUAUGUAGGCGAGAGAUAGAAGCGUUCGUUCGCAUUUAUCUUUAGCAUCUUCAUUAAGACGAUUGUUUUUGUUAUUAUUAUUAUUGAUGUAUAUCCACAUAUAGAAGACGGAAAAGGGAUAUCGUGUGCUGAAUGUUGUGAACAGUUAAUUAUAAAGCCAUACAUACAGAGAAAGAGGGAAAAUAAAAUCGAGUGUGGGCGUGGAUGUGGAUGCCAUUGUGAGUUUCUAACUAUUAUAUACAUCUACACCCACACUUCACACCAACCCCGGUUUUGAAGGCAAGUACAUUAUAAUAUAAUCAUUCGAAUCAGACAAACACAUUGACUACUUUCGAAAGUCACGUCGAUGCUUGUAGAAAAAUUUUCAACACUAUUCCAUAUCAAGACUAAAAUGUGAAACAUGAUGGUGGGUUACCUGAAGAAAUCUUACAGUUAAGGAAAGAUUUUAUUAAAACUGUAAAUGUUAAAAUAGUCUCAGAUACAUCCUAUCAUGUGUUGUUGUAAUCUGGAUAUUCUAAUACCAUUAUUCAUACUGGAACUAUGAUACAGUAUUUUGCAAAGCAUAUUGUUGCACAUAUUGUCGAAUGAUACGAUUGUACUGUUCACGAUCCUCUCGAUCGUGAUGGACUGCCUCGGGAUUUGCCGGUUCCAUGAUAUUUGGAUCAGUUAAUAGUGCAGAAAUCGAGAUUAGAACAUUUUCCAACGUCAACGCCUAGGUCCACUGUAAUUCUAGUAUAUCAUGACAAAUUUGACUAUCAGGAUAGAUGUUAGGAUGAAACAUUCUUGUACUAAACAUGACCUUUGGAGGCUUCCAUGGGUGGUCAUCUGAGAGUUUCACGUCUAAGAUGAAAAAGCCACCUUCAUAGAGUGUAUCAAGAGGACCAUCGAUGGAUACAUAGUAAUAAUGAAGAUUACCAUCAGUAACAGGACGAAUACAUACGGUUGGUACAGGGUUAUGCUUUAGAAUUGCAAAUUCAUUAUUCAUAUAUGUAGCUAAAAGCGAAGACAUAUCUAAACUAAAAUGAAUAAAAGAGAACUUAUUUGUCAGGAAGCAUGAAAUGAUCGAAAUAUAUAAAUGAAUCAA